AUCUGGACACUAUGCAUCGAUCUGCCGAUGCAGCAACUGCAGGAGCUGCGCCGCAACCCCAAGUUUCCAAGAGGCGCUCCACCGUGCGUCAAUUACCUGGCAGGGUCCAUGGAGAACGCUCGUGGGGAAGAGCAGCGCAACGACUGGCAGCACAGUGAGUCACAAGUCACUCUGCAGCCGCAUCUGAGAAUGCAAAACCUCUCCAUAUCCUGCUCGUUGGUCUGUCUCAUCAUCUUGGGCAGCGCCGCUCUGGUAGGAGCCUUUGGAGUCUGCCAGCGCCAAAUCAGUGCAAUACUUAUCACCGGAGUAAUGUAUCUUCUAGCGGCUCUCUUUGCGCUCUUCACCCUGAUGAUCAUCCAUUUCAAGCGGCAGCAAGGCCGACCGAUGCUGGACAGCGACUACGACGGCACUGUGGACGGAAUUGUGGCCAGACCCGGAGGCGUGGCCAUUAUGGCGAAGCCCCUGCUAGGAGCGCGCAUAUUUCUCACCUCAUGGAGCCUCGACCUGGGCUGGGGAGGUGUGGUGCUGUGCGCCAUAACCUCGGUGCUGUGGAUACUGCUGUCGAAGAUCAUGCGCUACAACCCCUUCUCAGCGCUCAUGAUUUAGCUAAACGCCUUGCCGCUCGGCGUCUACGGUGCCAGCUACGGGAAUCUUCGUAGCUGCGAGAGCUACGGCAGCUAUGGGAGCACCCACAGCGGCAGUAGCAGCGGCGCCAGCUCCAGCUUCCUGUUGGGAGCAGUUUCGUCGAAGCGGCAAGCGGAAAACCGGGGAAAGGGGAAAUAUAUUCUCUAAGAU